UGUUAUCUUUAAAACUAGCCUGGGGAGAACAGAGCUGCUCUGGGAUGAUGGACCUAGGGACCUCUUCCCUUUUUGAAGCUGUGACUCACUCGGGGUCACCACUGCCGGACGCAGGAGGCAGGGUGAUGGGCGGUGCUCUGACAUUGUCCACGCAGGCUGCACCACGGGAGCACCUGACUCACCGUGUGUAUAAGAAGUCCAGAAGGAGCUAACAGCAGAGCACACGGGCCACCCACCCAUCCUGCUACCCUUGGCCCCAGAGAGGAAGACGCCUGCACAACUGAGAGAUCCGAGGGGACGCAGAGCAGAUGCCCAACCUGCCUGGAGAACCUUAGUGGGACGGGGAGGACCCAGGAACAUGGGCUGGGAUCGCCCCCUCACGAACCGGCAGCUGGUGAUCACCACCCUGAUCAUUAUCGCCAUCAAAUUGCUCCUGAUGAUCCUGGUCGUCUUCUCCCUCCUCUACCUUUCACAGGUCCCUGGCCCCACAACCCAGGGGAGCAGAGCAAGCGCUCCCCAGUGCCAGUCGGGCUGGGACCAGGACCAAGGGAGGUGCUACCUUUUCUCCCGGGAUAACCAGUCCUGGGAGGCAGCGAGACACUCCUGCUUAGCCCAGAAUGCUGAUCUGGUGGUGAUCAACGACCCAAGCGAGCAGAAUUACGUGGCUAUUAAAGCCAGUUCCAUUCGUCACUGGAUCGGCUUCACCGACCAAGGGACUGAAGGCGUCUGGCGCUGGGUGGACAAUACUCCUGUGGGAUUUACGCAGUGGAACAAAGGGGAGCCCAAUAACCUGAAGGGAACCAGCGACGAGGACUGUGCCCACCUGCUGGAGAGCGGCCUGUGGAACGACGAACCCUGUAGUGUCUCUUACAGGUGGAUCUGUGAAAGGGCCGCUACUGUGUAAACAGUCCUCUCUCCCCGGCUCUGAACACAGGCUGAAAUUCAUCCCCCCGCUGCGAGCCCUGGGCACCGCUCAUGGCCUGCGCAUCAGCCCGUUGGGCUUGUGAUGUUGCACUCCAUAUACUUUAUAAAAAAUAUGUUUAUAAGUGUGAAUAUGAUGUAACUGGAAUAUGUUUUAUAGAAAAGGUCUCUUGUAAGGUAUCAUUACAAAGCUUAUAAUCUACCGAGUGUGGUCAUCCUAUUUGUAUGAAUGUAUCAUUCUUGUAUCUGAAACUAGGAAUAUGAACUAUAAUUCUGAGGUCCUAUUGUAAUUAUGCAAAGUGUGA